AUGGUUGAUUACGUGCAAGAGGCGAUCGGAUACCGCUUUUCCGACUGUGAGCCGCUCCGCGUAGCUCUUAAAGCAGCCCACAGGAGCGAAGAAGCCGAAAAAUCGGACGACGGCAACAGGGGCUUAGCCAAAAUAGGUACAUCCGUAAUCGACAUGGUGGAGACACAUGACAUUGUCAUGACGAAGGGGAAAACUAAGACGAACGCAUUGAGCGCUAUCGUUGGCGCUGUCUGGCUCGACCUUGAGGAACAAGGCGAGAGGACAGUAACUGCCCGUACGAAAGUCUUUAAUAUCCUGCGCCACAUAGAUUCAGUCAUGGCAGAUAGGGUACAAGGUACAUUAGCUACGGCCGACGAAGGAACCGCAUUAAUUCCAGAAGAGAAUCACGGUCAUCAACUGUACGAAGGGGUUUCGCACUUCGCUGCAUCAGACGUAACGGUUAGUCGAGACGCUAUCACUAUGGAUGCAUUCAUGCCGCAGCACUUCAGUGAGAGCCAACAAGAUAUGUUUGGCGGUAUGUUCGAGGGUCUGCUUCCAUUGCACGACAUUACAUUAGAUUCUAAUUCGCUGUCGUUGGACGCCAUACAUGUCUACAUGCACAUCCAAGAUAACUUGAAUGCCUUGCCUUCCGAAGGCGAGGUUGACUUCGACAAUACUGCGCUGCCGCAACUGGACGAAGCGUUCCAACACUCAGAGGGUCGAUUCUGGAUCGAAAACGAAGGCCUAUCUGACGCUGUCCAGGCCUCUUCCGGCGGAGUUGAACAUGCACAACCAAAAUUUCUUCGGAAAAGGAAGCAAGCGCAUAGCAAUGAUGAGACAUAUGAAGACAACCCUGCAUACUGCAGCCUUCUUCGUACCGAACGCCAAAAAUUGGCCACGCUUUCCGUCUCAGAUCGAGUCAGCGCGGAAAGAUACUUAGACUAUCCUCACAACGAUGAAGCUAGCCAAAAUCAUACGCAAGUGAUGCAGCUGCGCUCCUUAUACCUGGGUAUCGGCACCUGUGGAACUUUGGCUGACUUCAAAGAACUUCUUCGUGUUGCGAGGCAGAGAAAAGUCAGCUAUCCACAUCACAUUGGGCCGACUCUGAACAUUACAGAAUGCUUCAACGAGAUAUGUCGCCUUGACAAUGAAGAAGCACUGUGCGUUCUCACAAGACGUUAUCACAUCAUCAAGUUCUGCGCCAUCGAACAGGAAGUCUUUCGUCAGAGCAACUUCAUAGCUAUAGAGACUUCCAGUACUUUUGAAAUAGCACGCAAAGCUCGGAGGGGGAACCCUAUCGUGUUGCAGGAAGCCGCCACGACUGCGGCGUUAACAUCCAUAAUCCAGCCGGGUUUGGGGCAAGAAACCAAAGAAUUCAAAAGACUCUGUGAUAAAGUCAAGCGCCUACGGAAAUUGGCCCGAAACUUGCAGAUGUUGACCAGUGUCUAUGGGUUCGGAAUCCUCGCACUGAUUCCAUCAGGGCCAUCUUACCAAGACCUGUCCCUUACCGAUACAGCGCUACGGUCUGUAGCUGAGCCGAGCUUUAAACGCUUUACAGAGUUGCUAUACCAACAGCAAGGAUUGUUUUUGAAGCCACUAAGUCAAGCUGUCCAGCCAGCUCUUAUAGCUCUGGUUACAGGGUGCCUUUCUUCUCAGAACCUAUUUCCUAUCGAACAGAUGGAUAUGAGAACGGUAGAAAGAUUACCGAAAGGCUCUUUAGACUUGUUCGAGCAUCUAAGGUCGACGAAUUCUGGCAAUUAA